AUGAGUUUGACCCCCGACUCGACCUCGGAGAAGCACCGCGUCGAGCACAAGGAGCUCGCGUCCCGCCAGGCAACGCACCUCGACAGCGAGACGCAGGACGUCGACCCGGCCUUUGCGCGCUCUACUGUCCGCCGCAUCGACUGGCGCCUCAUUCCCAUGCUCUCGGCCGUCUACGCCAUCUCGCUCAUCGACCGCACCAACAUCUCGAUCGCACGAACGGUCGGCAUGGGCAAAGACCUCAAGCUCACCGUCGGCGAGCGUUACUCCCUCAUCACCUGCAUCUUCUUUGUCCCGUACAUCAUCUUCGAGCUGCCCGCCAACUUGCUCAUCCGCAAGAUCGGGCCGCGCAACCAGCUCGCCACCAUCACCAUUGCGUGGGGCGCCGUCAUGCUCGGCAUGGCGUUCAUCACCAACUGGGAGCAGCUCGCCGUCUGCCGCACCCUUCUCGGCUUCUUCGAGGCCGGCUUCUUCCCUGGUUGCACCUUCCUCAUCUCGACCUGGUACACUCGCUUCGAGAUGGCCAAGCGCAUGGCCUUCUUCUACCUGUCGUCGAUGGUCCUCUCCGGGUUCUCCAACAUCAUCGGCUGGGGCAUGUCGCAGAUGAACGGCGUCCACGGCCUCGAGGGAUGGCGCUGGAUCUUCCUCCUGUUCGGUGUCAUCACGAUCGGCCUCGGCGUCAUCUCGUGGUUCGUCAUCGUCGACUUCCCGGACCGCGCCAAGUUCCUCACCCCGGAGCAGAAGACCUGGGCCAUCGAGCGCAUCCAGCAGGACCGUGGCGACGCUACUCCCGACUCGGUUACCGGCAAGAAGCUCAUCACGCACGCCCUCGACUUCAAGAUCUGGUGCUUCGGUCUCUGCUUCUGCUUCUCGACGAUGCCCGCCUACGCCUUCUCCUACUUCCUCCCCGUCAUCCUGUCGGGCGGCGGCUACGACACCAAGACCUCGCUCCUCCUCUCGGCCCCGCCUUACGUCCUCGCCGGCUUCUUCACCGCCAUGAUGGCCUUCCUCUCGGACAAGUUCCGCAAGCGCGCCCUCUUCAUCGGCAUCAGCUCGACUGUCUGCUUCACCGGCCUCUUCAUCAUGGCCUACGCCGACAAGCUCGGCAUCCGCUACUUCGGCGCGUUCCUCACCAUCUCGGGCGCUCAGUCCAACGUCCCGGCCGUCCUCGCCUACCAGGCCACCAACGUCCUGUCGCACUCGAAGCGUGCCCUCUCGUCGGCCGUCUGCAUCGGCAUGGGCGGCGUCGGCGGCAUCUUUGCCUCGCUCAUCUACCGCCAGGUCGACUACCCUCGUUACAUUCCUGGCCUGUGGGCUACGAUCGGCUGCCAGUUCGCCAUCAUCACCAUCGUCACGGGCCUCUCGUUCUACUUCCGUGCCCAGAACCGCAAGGCCGACGCGGGCACGUACGUCAUCGAGGGCAACCCCAAGUUCCGCUACACGCUCUGA